AUGCCGGACUCUUUGCCUUCCUGUGAGAAGGAUAAUCCAACUGUUGUAUUUUGUAUCAAGUUAGCUACUUUGGCUCACUUCAUGCAUAUUCCUCGCACAUCGCUGUACCAUACUGUGACUUCAAAAUCCGAAAACAAUCAGCUCUGCAAGUCAUUGUGCCAGAGCCUGAAGAGCGAAUAUAUGAGAACUCUAGAAGAUAUUGGGUGCAAGCAAUGUGCAAGACUCCGGUUAGACUAUGUGUACAGUGUGCCCUUGCCUCUCGGCCGACCAAGAGGGAACAAACGUGGGAGUUCUUCCAGCGACACCGUGCUGCUUGAAGUGUUUAGCUCAUCUAUAGCUUCCUCUGAAGCGUCAUUAGGGCUAGUUCGCUCUCUGAGCCAAGUCUAUCGGAUAUAUGGCAUGAUUACAGGGUGUUAUGUUCCUUCCUCUCAAUACUACGCGGGCCAGGGCAAUUCAAGUCUAAAUAUGGGCAUUUUAGCGAAUGACAGGCCUAGCGGCAUGGAAUCUGCCCAGAAAACUGUAACGGAUGGCCUGCGUUAG